AUGUUGAACAAGGGACGUCAACUCAUUACCAGCCGUAUCAAGAUGGAUUAUGACUAUGAGAAGGACAUCGCCAGGAAGGAGAGAUUGGUGCAGCCAAAGCAAGAGUUCAUCGAUGGCCACACCACAACAUUCGCGACCCAGCCAUUCUACCAUGUUGCCACCGCCCUGUCCACCACCACUCCAAUCGAGUACAACAUAACAAUUAUCACUCAAACCACAAUUGAUCGUUUGAACAAGGUUGCCCUGAUGGUCGAUCGUUGGCAGGCACCAGUCUCCGUCGCCAUCUAUGUCAAGGAUGCCGAGCGUGAGAUCCCAUUGCUCCAUGACAUGCUGUCAUCCUUCCCCUCGUUGCUCCAGUUUGCCGACAUCCAUUUGAUGCAUGCCAAUAACACGAGAUACCCCGUCAACAACCUGCGUAACCUUGCCAUCAUCAACGCUCGCACCGACUUCAUCCUUAUCAUGGAUGCUGACUUUGUCAUCCCAUCUGGUACCCACGACUACCUCAUCCCCUACGUCCAAGUCGCCCAAACAAUGAAGGACAAGCUGGCCUUUGUCUUCCCAUCCUUCUCCUCGUCGCUCGACCCAAGCCUCCUCCCCAACACUAAGGCUGAGCUCCUCGACCUAAUCAAACAAGGUCACGUCAAUCCUUCAAACUUAAAUGUUUGCCCCAAGUGCCAUGGUCCAACUGAUUAUGAGCAAUGGUACAGUGCUGAUAUGGCGUACAAGGCGCAGUACAAAUGGAAUUAUGAGCCAUACUUGUUGUUUGAUCGUACCCAAACUGAGUUGUUCGACGAGGUAUUCAAGGGUUAUGGCUUUGACAAGAACUCUCAUGUAUUCACGAUGGCCGUUAUGGGAUUCAAGUUCUUUGUCCAACCAGAGUCGUUCAUCAUCCACAUCAACCACGAGCAGGCCAAUUGGGAGAGCACGGCCGACCUCGACGUGCAACUUUGGGAUGCCCUAGGUGCCGUCUGUGACCUGAUUCCCGAGGUCAAGCUUCGCUACAACCUUGACAGCCACGCCAGAGCAUUCGAUGAGCCCCUCCAAGCAGAGUGUGUCUCGUACGACUGGUUCUCCGCAUGA